GGUGGGAGGAGUGGAGACAGCAGCAAGGCGUUUCCUACAGAAAAAGUUACAGCUCCCUAUAUGGCUAACCACUCGUGUGCUGUAUGUGUGGAGGGCACGGACGCAGAGCGGCACAUCUGAUCAUCAGAGUCUCCUGACCACCCGUCAUCCAGCUGAAGUGUCCUUGAGCCAAGCGCCGACUCUCUGCCAGGUACAGAGAAACCCGAUCCAGCAUGGAGUGGAGGCGGGCUGCUCUGGUCGGCCUCAUCAUGGCGGCGUGUUUCUGCAGCAGCGGCGCUCAGACAACAGUCUGUACCGAAGAGGCCGUGGCAGACAUCGUCUUCCUGGUCGAUGGCUCGUGGAGCAUCGGCGCUGAGAACUUCGAGCAGAUCCGCCAGUUUCUGUUCACGCUGGUCGAUAGCUUUGAUGUCAGCCCUGAUCACGUCCGCAUCGGCCUUGUCCAGUACAGUGACAAUCCACUCACAGAGUUUCUGCUCAACACCUUUGAGAACAAGGACGACAUCCUCAACAACAUCAUCAAACUGCCUUACAGGGGGGGCGGCACCAUGACCGGUAAAGGCUUGGAAUUCAUGUCGAACGAACACUUUGUGGGGAAAGCUGGAAGCCGAGCUGCGCAGAAAGUGCCGCAAAUUGCUGUGGUGAUCACUGAUGGCAAAUCCCAAGACGAUGUAGAGUCUCAUGCUAAGAACCUGAGGAGAAGAGGGAUUGUUUUGUAUGCAAUUGGUAUCAAAGAUGCAGAUGCAAGCCAGCUGAGGGAGAUUGCAAAUGACGAUCAGCAUGUUUACAGUGUGUCAGAUUUUGCAGCGCUGCAGGGAAUUUCUCAGAACAUCAUCCAGACGCUAUGCACAACUGUAGAAGAAGCCAAACGACAACUCCUGCAACUGUCUCCAGAAUGUGCCAGAGCCACCGUGGCAGACAUCGUCUUCCUGGUUGACAGCUCAAGUAGCAUUGGCGUUGAUAUUGAGGAAAUUAGGCAGUUUCUCCGAAGUUUCAUUUUAGGCCUUGACAUCGGCCCUGACAAAAUUCGGAUUGGCUUGGCUCAGUAUAGCGACGAGACCUACCAGGAGUUUCUGCUGAAAGAUCACAUGGACAAGGAUUCUCUGCUGGCCGAAGUCGAUCAGUUUCCAUAUCGAACAGGAGGCACAGAAACAGGAAAGGCCAUUGACUUCCUCCAGUCAGCGUACUUCACUCAGGAGGCAGGGAGCCGGGCGAGCCAGCGAGUUCCUCAGUUUGCUGUAGUCAUCACAGACGGGGACUCCACGGAUGACGUAGUCGAGCCCGCCAAGCGCCUGCGCGAUCAAGGAGUUAUCAUAUUUGCCAUUGGGGUGGGAGAUGUUAACCAGCAGCAGCUCGAGUCUAUCGUAAACCUACCUGCACACCACUUCCUUUACACUAUCGAUAGCUACCAGGCUCUACAGCGGCUAACAGACAGUCUGCUGCAAACUGUAUGCAUCUCCGUGGAGAGUCGGAGUCAAGCGUUGGCAGAAAAGUUUGCAGACAUUUUCUUCCUGGUGGACAGUGGCAUCAGUCAAGCAGAUUUCCAGCAGGUCAGAACCAUCCUGGUCCGACUGGUCAAUCAACUCAACAUUGGAGCUUCUGGCAACCGUCUCGGACUGGCCCAGUACAGUACGGUUACCAAAGUGGAGUUUCUCCUUAAUGCUUUCCAAACCAAAGAGGCGGCGCUCACUGGUGUAAGGUCCUUCCGCCAGAGCCGACUUAAGCCCAAUCAGCCACGCAACCUGGGCAGUGCACUGGAGUACGCCAGCUCUAAUUUCUUCACGAAUGAAUCAGGAAGUCGGGCAUCCCAAGGCUUCCGACAGUUUCUGGUUGUUCUAAGUGGAAAAGACUCAGAUGAUCCAGUUUUUAAGCAGACACGUCUGAUCAAAUCACUAGGCGUAACUAUCGUGGGAGUGAGCUUCGGUGCAUCAAUGGACGAAAUGCGUGUAAUAGCCACGGCGCCGUACGUGUACGAGUCUACCUUCAAUGCAGUGCCCACGCUAAAGACCAUUUUUGAAAGAGAGGAAGAGGAGAUCACUCUCACUCACGACUGCAAAGCAGCCAAACUGGCGGACUUCGUCUUCAUCGUGGACGAGUCGGGAAGCAUCGGCUCUGAGAACUUCGACCUGGUGCGCUCUUUCCUGCUGUCCAUUGUCAGCGGCUUUGACGUCGGUGACAAGAGAGUUCGGGUGGGUAUCGUUACAUACAGCGACCAAGCCACAGCGCUGGUCUACCUCAACAACUUUAAUGAAACGGACAGUUUGCUGAAUUUCAUCAAAAUCCUGCCUUAUCGCGGAGGUGGUACAAACACCGGAGCUGCCCUCGACUUCACUCGCAAAAAUAUUUUCACGGAGGACGCUGGAAGCAGGAAAGAUAAGGGCGUUCAGCAGGUGGCGGUCGUGAUCACAGACGGCGAAUCGCAGGAUAACGUCACCGAGGCGGCAGCUGCUCUCCGCCGCGCUGGCGUCACCGUUUACGCUGUAGGAGUCCAAAAUGCCAACGAGGCUGAACUGAACCAGAUAGCGUCCUACCCCCCAACAAGCACGUGUUCAUAGUGGACACUUUUGACAAGCUGAAAGGUCUGAAGAAGAACCUGCAGAAGACUCUUUGCUAUAACAUCAUUCACCAGGCGGUCUCAGUCAGCACAAGAAGAGCUGGCAUCAAAGAAGGCUGCGUGCAGACCGAUGAAGCAGACAUGUUCUUCCUGAUCGACCACUCGGGAAGCAUUCACCCCACUGACUUCUAUGACAUGAAGAAGUUCAUCAUUGAGUUUAUUAAUACCUUCCGUAUCGGGCCUCAGCAUAUCCGAAUGGGCGUUGCCAAAUACGCAGAUUCGCCAAACCUGGAAUUUGAUCUGACCGAUUACACAGAUGCAUCCACGCUGGAGAAAGCUGUGGAGGAAAUUAGACAAG